AUCCCGACUCGGUUUGUUGGGGCAACUUAAAUGGGUUGAAAGCCGGAAGAGCCACCGGAGUCUGGAACGCGAGCCCUCCAAAAACUGGCCUUACGCCGCCGCGACACCAUUGCUGCGACUUAUGUUUGACGGCCCUCCAUUUGCUCACAUAGGUAGGACGAUCUCCACAACUCUCUCUUUCUCUCUUUCUCUCUCGUAACCUAAAAAUAUCUUGGAGCAACGCGACCGCCAGAGAGAGACCCGCCGCCGGCACUUCCACGUGCGAUGCGCUUCCGGUGGCCCCUCUUUCUCUCAGUCCAUCGUAGCCCUCUCGUCGAUUUUCCUCUACAACUUUUCUACUAUUGUCACCUUUAAUUUUCUCAUCUGUUUAUUUAUUUUUUCUUUAUUUUUCGUACACUUCCUCAGAUCUUCUUUCUAAUUUUCUCGGCUGACAAACGCCUUUCUACUGGUAUCCUCAUGGUUGAGACCUCCUUUCCUUAUUUUUCAUUUUUUCACCCAUUCAUUCUACGCCAAAUUCCAAACGCCCCCCUUCUCCCAAUUUAUAGAGCCUAGUGAAUUCUUAUUCUCAUUCCCUUCCUCUCUUCUCAGAUCAAUCUCUCCACUUUCUUUCAUUUUUACCCUGUUCUAAUUGUGCAGCUUUCUCGUCGUUUUCUCAAGCAGAGUCUCCUCAACAAGUUCCCGCUAUCUCUGCAAUCUCUUUAUGUCUUUCUUAAUCUCCUUCCUAUCCCUCUUGCAGGCCUCAACUCAUCUCUCUCUCUGCAUCUCAAUCUACUCUCUCAUAUAUCGUUAGUCUCUGUCUAAUCUCUCCCUGAUAUCUCAACUUGCAGACUUCUAGCACCGAAGCCAAAGUUUUACAAUAGCUAAAGCCUUUCCUAGAGACCUUGGGAGCUGAAAUAGAGUAAACAGAAUAAGAGAAGAAGAUGCAGCAAAAAAAUUUAUGUCUGAGUCGCUAGCUGGGAGACCAUCUGGAACAGAUGGCUCUGAUUUUUCUUAUCGCAUGGUUGUGGACUCCAGGUAUACAAAGGUAUCACAGGGAAAAUCUCGUCUCCAUGCAUUGUUCCUCUUUCAGGUUGUAAUUCAAUUGAUAGGGGUGCUGGAUAUAUUUGUAUUGUCAUCUGAGGAGAAGGACCCCAAUGCCCUUGCUAUUUCAUCACCUGCUGUUGGUUUUCUAUCUCUCAUGAUAGGGGAUGUAGGUCGAAGGUGUAGCAGAAUUAAUUUUUUAAAAGUAUUGGAUUGUCUAUUGCAAUUCUUCUUUGGACUGCUUCUGUUGCUAAGAACAACUUCUCUUUACAGGCUAUCCAAGAUCUAAGCGACUGGAAAUCAAAGAAGUUGGAACUUCUGGAGAUUGGUGCGAUUCUGCAAGGUUUGCUGGUACAGAUAUUUACAAUCAGCACAAUAAAAUCUCUCAUUCGCAACAUGUCUCCUCCCAAGAGGGCUUCCUAAUGGCUUCCUACAACUUUGAGGGGACAGCGGGGGGGAAUAUUUUCUUCUGGCAACCAUCAUGAUUCUACUGGCACUUUCAAUUGUUACAAAUGCAGCUAAGCAUGUGUCACGCACUUGAUUGGCAGGCCUUUUUCUUUUUUCUUUUUUGUCAGCACUUGUCUGUAACAAUCCUCCGAUUGUACCUUCUUUAGUUGGCCCAGGGUCUUUCGGCUCCUUCACUGGAUAACACUAAACAGACCUACCUCUCUCUCUCUCUCUCAACGGGGGAAUGCCAUUCAAAUGAAUCUCAUCUCCUAAACCGGACACAACUUGUACGAGAACAUUUAGGCAGAAUUCAAAACUUAUUUGAAUAUAUACAAAUAAACAUUCACUUUCUGUGUGAUUUGUACAAAGAAAACAAUGGAAUGAAGAUUUGAAUGGUAAUUAUGAAAAAUUUAAGUGAUAAUUUUGAUUUUCAUUUUGCUCCA